AUGAAGUUUCUUCUGUUGAUACUGGUCCUGCAGGUCACUGCUCCUGGAGCUGUUUCUUUGGCAACAUCUAAGGAAAACAAUGUGACAUAUGCGCAAAGUUUCUUGAAAACCUUUUAUGCCAUGAAGGAGGAGAACAUUUUAAGGACAAAAUUGAAAGCUGGUGAUGACAACAUGGAGAAUAAAAUUAAGGAAAUGCAACAGUUCUUGGGACUAAAUGUGACGGGGCAACUGGACAAAUCUACCAUGGACAUGAUGCACAGACCUCGAUGUGGAAUACCUGAUGUUCAAAUUUUCAAGUCAAUGCCAAGAAAGCCAGUAUGGAAGAAACAUUUUCUUACCUACAGAAUCACUAAUUAUACUCCUGACAUGAAGCGUGAGGAUGUUGACUAUACCAUCCACAAAGCUUUUCAAGUAUGGAGCGAUGUGACCCCCCUGAAAUUCAGAAAGAUUAAUGCAGGAGAGGCUGACAUUAUGAUACGUUUUGCAUUUGGAGCUCAUGGAGACCGUAAUCCUUUUGAUGGCAGAGGUGGAGUUGUAGCUCAUGCUUUUGGACCUGGACCUGGUAUUGGAGGGGAUGCACAUUUUGAUGAGGCUGAAAUGUGGACUAAAGGCUACCAAGGCACCAACUUGUUCCUAGUUGCUAUUCAUGAGGUUGGCCAUGCCUUGGGUCUUCCCCAUUCCAAAAAUCCAAAGGCCAUCAUGUACCCCACCUAUAGUUAUGUUAACCUCAACUCAUUUCGCCUUUCUGCUGAUGAUAUUCAUAACAUUCAGUCUCUCUAUGGAGUUCCAGAAAAGCACCAACCCACACCGAAUGCUGGCAUUACAGAAUCCCCUUUCUGUGAUCCUUAUUUGCGUUUUGAUGCUGUCACUACAAUGGGAAAUAAAAUCUUUUACUUUAAAGACAGGUACUUGUGGUGGAAGUUUCCUGAGGAGCCAAAGACCACUGUUAGUUUAAUUUCUUCUAUGUGGCCAACCUUACCAUCUGGUAUUCAAGCUGCUUAUGAAAUUGGACCCAGAAGACAAGUUUUUCUUUUUAAAGAUGAUAAGUACUGGUUAAUCAGCAGUUUAAGACCACAGCCAACCAAUCCCAGGCGCAUACAUUCUUUGGGCUUUCCUGGCUUUGUAAAAAAAAUUGAUGCAGCUGUUUUUAACCCACUUCUCUAUAAGACCUACUUCUUUGUAGAUCAUCAGUACUGGAGGUAUGAUGAGAGAAAACGACUCAUGGACCCUGGUUAUCCCAAACUGAUUGUUGCACACUUCCUGGGAAUUGAGCCUAAAAUUGAUGCAGUCUUCUAUUAUAACAGACACUACUAUUUUUACCAAGGAUCUAACCUACUUGAAUAUGACGUUCUAACUAAUCGUGUCACCAAAAUGGAGAAAAGCAACGCCAACUUUGGUUGUUAG